AUGGGUAUCGAUAUCGUCAAGCACCACGUCAAGAAGGGCCAGAGGACCGCCCCCAAGAGCGAGGACCCCUACCUCCUCUUGCUCGUCAAGUUGUACCGUUUCCUUGCUCGCCGUACCGACGCUAAAUUCAACAAGGUCAUCCUCCACCGUCUCUUCCUCUCCAAGACCAACCGCCCCCCGCUGUCUCUCUCCCGCAUAAUCAAGGAGACCUCCAGCGUGGACGACCUCUCAUCGAAAGUUAUCAUCCAAGUUGGAACUGUAACAGACGACGUCCGUGUCACCCAGGUCCCCAAGCUUUCCAUUGCCGCCCUCCGCUUCACCCAGGCCGCUAAGGAGCGUAUCCUUGCUGCUGGUGGUGAGGCCAUCACCCUCGACCAGCUCGCCAUGCGCUCGCCCACCGGCUCCAACACGGUCCUUCUUCGCGGAAAGAGGACCGCCCGUGAGUCCGUUAAGCACUUCGGUAUGGGCCCCCACAAGAACAAAAAGCCCUACACCAUCUCCAAGGGUCGGAAGUUCGAGCGUGGUCGCGGUCGCCGAAAGUCUCGUGGCUUCAAGGUCUAA